CAGAGAGGAAGGAGGCGUAGGCUGAGGAGGAAGAGGGAGGAGGGGCAGGGAAGUCCUGGCGGCGAAGAGGCCAAGACGCCAAGGGAGACUACGGGAGGGGACGCUGGAGCUCCCCCUCCCCCCACCCCGGUGCCCAACGGCCGUUGUGGACACCUCGAGGCGCAAGUCAGACAGAGACGGAGGCAAGGAGGAAGAGACUUUUAUGUCGGCAGACAGAGAAGUUCUACCCGUCACCGUUGCCUCACAUCCGGGGCUUUGGAGGGCAGGCCCCUGCGGCCCCGCCCCCCCAUCGCGCCUUUCAUGGCGACCGGAGGCGGAGGCUGGAAGAGUUGGGCCUGGAAGAGGCCCCUUUAAAUUUCCUUAAAGGGGCGGCCACUGAACUCGGCGGACUGGGACGCCUGCCUUAAAGGGGAAGCCACCGGACAGACGCUGACAAAUUGAGCACUGUGCUGUUGGGAGAGUCGGAGCGAGCGGGGGCUUCUCGGCCCUUCUUUCUCCCCCCGCCCCCCACGCAAGAAGUCCUUUAAAUUCGGCUUAAAGGGGAAGUGGCCACUUGCGGAGGACUCGAAGCGAACGCCCGAGCCCUUAAGGGGCGGCCUGCUGUUUGGAGGACCCUGGACUCCUUAAAGGGGUGGCCUCUUUUAGGCGGAGGAUCCGAGGCGCUUUUAAAGGGGAGGUUCGCGUUUCGGGGCGAGCUUCGGCCCCUUUUAAAGGGGUGGCCCUUCCUCUUCCUCGGGGAGACUUGUCUCGACCCCUGGCAGGGGGCGGCCACCGCACUCGACCGACCGGACUCCGCCGGGUCGUCUUAAAGGGCCCAGGGGCCGGACAGCUUGCGGCCUCGCCUUAAAGGGACGGCCCCCCGGCUCUCGCCGUCUCGGCCCCGCCGGCCCCACAGGGGGGGCCUCGGGCUUGUCGCCCCGGGGGCGGCGCUGGCUCCCGGGGCCUUGGCCUUGGGGCGAUCUCGGGGCCAUCCAGGCCCGCUCUAGAGGGGACGCCGUGGCCCUCUUGUCCCUGUGCAGCCGCCAGCGCCGCGCCUGCGACCCCGGGCCUGCGGACAGGCCGCUCAGGGCCCCGCCGCCUCCGGAUGCGGCGCUGAGGGCGGUCGCCAUGGAGACGGCAGCGGCCGCGGCUCCGGGCCCGGGCUGGGCCGCCGAGGGGGAGCGGCGGCGGCGACGCUGCUCGCGCCGCGACCGAGAUCGGGAGCAGCGGCGCCGUCGAGGUCCGGGCGGAGACGCGCCCCGGGCCCUGCUGGCCGCCCCGCGCGGCUCCUCUUCGUCGUCGUCGCCGCCGCCGCCCGCCCGGCCUUGGUCGUCAGCGUCGUCGGGAGAGCGGCCCGGAGGUCCGAGACGGAGGCGGCCGCGUCCCAGGCCUCGGCCCCCGCGCCCUCGAGCUCGGAAGCGGCCUGCCGGCUCGGGCAGCCGCGGGGAGGAGGAGGAGGAGGAAGAGGGGGGCGCAGACGACGGAGAGGCCGAAGAGGAGCCUGAGGAGGAGGAGGAAGAGGAGGAGGACUUGAUCGAUGGCUUCGCCAUCGCCAGCUUCGCCAGCCUCGAAGCCUUGCAGAAGGACGCAUCGCUUCAGCCCCCAGAGCGCCUAGAACACCGUCUGAAGCAUUCUGGGAAGCGGAAGAGGGGGGGCUCCAGUGGGGCCACUGGGGAGCCAGGGGACAGCUCUGAUCGGGAACCUGGCCGCCCCCCUGGGGACCGGGCUCGGAAGUGGCCCAAUAAACGGAGAAGGAAAGAGGCCUCCUCCCGUCAUUCUGUGGAAGCUGGAUACAUAUGUGAUGCAGAAAGUGACCUGGAUGAGAGGGUCUCCGACGAUGAUCUCGACCCAUCAUUCACUGUCUCAACCAGCAAAGCCUCAGGCCCCCAUGGCGCCUUCAACGGGAACUGUGAAGCAAAACUCUCCGUGGUCCCUAAAGUGUCGGGCCUGGAGCGGAGCCAGGAGCAGCCCCCGGGGCCCGACCCGCUGCUAGUGCCUUUCCCCCCGAAGGAACCGCCGCCUCCACCAGCCCCUCGGCCUCCUGUCUCACCCCCUGCACCUUUGCCGGCCGCUCCCAACCUGCCGCCCCCGCCCCAGCCCCAGCUGCAGCUUCGGGUCUCGCCCUUCGGCCUCCGCACUUCUCCCUACGGCAGCAGCCUGGACCUCAGCACUGGCAGCUCUUCACGGCCGCCCCCCAAGGCCCCGGCCCCUCCCGUGGCUCAGCCUCCCCCCUCAUCAUCCUCUUCGUCCUCUUCCUCCUCAUCUGCCUCCUCCUCGUCCGCGCAGCUCACCCACCGGCCCCCGACGCCCUCACUGCCCCUGCCUUUGUCCACCCACAGCUUUCCCCACCCUGGGCUGCGGCCCCCACCCCCACCCCACCACUCCUCCUUGUUCAACCCCGGCCCCACCCUGCCCCCACCCCCACCCCUGCUGCAGGUGCCAGGGCACCCUGGGGCCUCAGCCGCUAACGCCCUUUCUGAGCAGGACCUGAUCGGCCAGGACCUGAACUCUCGAUUCCUGAGUGCCCAGGGUGGCCCCGAGGUGGUGGGGGCAGGGGGCUCGGCUCGGCCCCUGGCCUUCCAGUUCCACCAGCACAACCACCAGCACCAGCACACCCACCAGCACACCCACCAGCACUUCACCCCUUACCCCCCGGGCCUGCUGCCACCCCACGGCCCCCACAUGUUUGAGAAAUACCCAGGAAAGAUGGAAGGCCUUUUCCGGCAUAAUCCGUACACGGCCUUCCCUCCCGCAGUGCCCGGCCUGCCUCCGGGCCUCCCGCCAGCUGUCUCCUUUGGCUCCCUGCAAGGGGCCUUCCAGCCCAAGAGCACGAACCCCGAGCUGCCACCACGACUGGGGCCAGUACCGAGCGGGCUUCCCCAAAAGGGGACACAGAUCCCUGACCAUUUCCGGCCACCUUUGAGGAAACAAGGGAAGUGGUGUGCCAUGCACGUGCGCGUGGCUUACAUGAUCCUGAGACACCAGGAAAAGAUGAAGGGCGACUCCCACAAGCUUGACUUUCGGAGUGACCUCCUGCCCUGCCUUCCGGGGCCCUAUGGGGCCCUGCCUCCUGGCCAGGAGCUCUCCCACCCGGCCUCCCUCUUCACUGCAACUGGUGCCGUCCAUGCUGCAGCCAACCCUUUCACGGCAGCUCCCGGGGCCCACGGACCCUUCCUGAGCCCCAGCACCCACAUUGAUCCCUUUGGGCGUCCCACAAGCUUCGCCUCCUUGGCUGCACUCUCCAACGGGGCCUUUGGAGGCCUGGGCAGCCCCACAUUCAAUUCCGGCGCCGUCUUUGCCCAGAAAGAAAGUCCAGGGGCUCCCCCAACCUUCGCCUCUCCCCCAGACCCAUGGGGCCGCCUGCACCGCAGUCCUCUGGCCUUUCCCGCCUGGGUCCGGCCCCCUGAGGCCGCUCGGACUCCAGGCUCAGACAAGGAGCGGCCUGUGGAGCGGAGGGAGCCCUCCAUCACCAAGGAGGAGAAGGACAGGGAUCUCCCCUUCUCACGGCCCCAGCUCCGAGUUUCUCCUGCUACACCCAAGGCUCGAGCUGGUGAGGAAGGGGCCAGGCCAGCCAAGGAGUCGGUACGGGUGAAGGAGGAGCGCAAGGAGGAGGCCGCUGCUGCUGCCGCUGCUGCUGCCGCCGCCGCCGCUGCCGCUGCCACUGCUGCCGCCGCUGCCACAGGGCCUCAGGGCCUUCAUCUGCUGUUUGACAGGCCCCCCCGGCUGCCGCCCCCCUUCCUGGGCCCUAGUCCUCCCGAGCGCUGUGCUGGCUUCCUGGAGCAAGCCUGGCUGGCAGGGCCACCUCGCCUGGCCCGGCCGCCUCGCUUUUACGAGGCAGGAGAGGAGCUGACGGGACCAGGGGCCGUGGCUGCCGCCCGCCUCUAUGGUCUAGAGCCCGCGCACCCCUUGCUCUACGGCCGCUUGGCUCCUCCUCCACCACCUACCGCGGCCCCGGGAACCCCUCAUCUUCUCAGCAAGACCCCUCCGGGAGCCCUGUUGGGGGCUCCACCUCCACUCGUGCCCGCCCCCCGGCCCACUUCCCCACCACGGGCCCCUGGCCCAGCCCGGGCCGACAGGUGAGGGGCCAGGGAGGGGCAGGGGCAAAGCUCCAUCCCUCUUUCUUUUUGACAAGGUCCUAGAGUUAAGCUUUCAAGCCAGGGCUGGAGGGUAAAAAGGUCAUGACCUCACCCGCCACUUUUGAGGUCAUGAAACCUGGGAGCAGGAGUUCUAACCCCCACCAGAUGAAGCAUCAGGUGGACCUUGGGGUCACUGGGAGGGCAGAGGUCACAAGCCUCCAGGGAGGGGUAUGUGUGCGCACAUGACAAUGGGGGUCAUUUCAGAGGUCAUGACUCAUGAUCUCCUGAGGUGCACCAUCACUCCCUCUGAGAGCCCCGAGGCCAAGCAGGCCUCUCCAAGGGCUCACUAAGCCAGAGGCCAAAGUGCCCCCCACCCCCUCACUUACCACCCAAGUCCUCCUGCCCUCUCAGGGCUGGGGAAGGAGGGGCUCAUGGAAGGGGGGUUCCCUGUACAUAUUUAUCUCCCCUUCCACAUAGCCCCCCAGACCUUUUGUACAUUUUUACAGGGGUGCCCCUCCCAAUAACCCCCCUUCCUGGUUAAUUAAAUCCUCAGACUGGUGCUGUGUUCCUAGACUCUGGCCUCUCUGUGGGGGGAGGGAGCUCACAGGAGGAAGAGCUGGGAGGGGACAGGCAGGAUCCCAGGGCUUUCCCCAGGAUAGGGGAUCCAGCGGGAGGCAGACCAACGGGAAGGGACCUGGGAUGUCAGCUGGAAGGAAGAGCCCUGCUUCCCGUUUGGCUGACAGCCAGGUACCCCCACCCCCACCCCCAUCACACACACUUCACUUGUUCCUGUUACCUCUGUGCUCCCACUCCUCAAAAAAGCUCAAACUCUCAGCUUCAGACUCCACCUCUUAGCAGCUCAGUUGCCCUCCCACUCCAUUUCCAAGUGCCCCCAGGACUCCUGGGCCCUGUUCUCUAGAAUCCUGUUUCCCCCCAAAACCCUGUCCCAGGCUAAGAGGGGCCCAGAGAAGGUCAUCAUGUACCACACACCAAAGAAGGGGGUUGGCCCAGGGGUGGGCCAGACAGGCAGCUUGUGCAGCAGCCUCAGGCAGCAGCCCCAGCCUUCCCAAAGCAGCAGGUGCCCCCAGGCUGGGGCCUGGCCUAGGAGGCAGGGGUCUGUUUAACAAAAACAUAACGUUGACUUUUUUUUCCCCGGUGGGGCUUAUUCUGUAACAUGACUUGCGGAUAUUUAUAUAAAAAUGAGUGUUACAAUGAA